AUGAGUGCAUCCUACAAAUGGCACAUUGUUAGCAUUUUCCUUUUCCUCCUAGCAUCGUUUGCUUCAUGUGCUGAUUCUUCCAGCGCUUCGUCAUCUUCGUCAUUUUCGUCAUCGUCAUCAUAUCUGCCUACAUUGAUCUGGGUCACAGUCACAUACGACAAUGGAGCCGUUCUGACGGUGCAAACACCAUACACGCAGCAGUUCUCGUCGUUUUACACUGACGUCAGCAGCGUUCCUGCCGGAGAAGUGGGAAUCGGGUCGCUUUCUGGCUCCGUUGGCGGGAUCCGGUCGUACGCGCACGUGACCAUCUCCAACGCCGGCAACAGACUAGCAUCUUCCCCCAUAUCAGGCAAUUUGCCGUCUCCACAGUUUGCCUUUGCCCGGUAUCUUAUGCCACUCUUGGUGGUGUUCGGGAUCCUCAUGAUGUGA